AUGGUGGGCUUCGGGGCGAACCGGCGGGCCGGCCGCCUGCCCUCCCUGGUUCUGGCGGUCCUGCUAGUGGUGAUCGCGGUGCUCGCCUUCAAUUACUGGAGCAUCUCCUCACGCCACGUCCUGCUGCAGGAGGAGGUAGCGGAGCUGCAGGGCCAGGUCCAGCGCACCGAGGUGGCCCGCGGGCGCCUGGAGAAGCGCAAUUCGGACCUCCUGCUCUUGGUGGACUCGCACAAGAAACAGAUUGACCAGAAGGAGGCCGAUUACGGCCGCCUUAGCAGCCGGCUGCAGGCCCGGGAGGGCCUGGGGAAGAGAUGCGAAGAUGACAAGGUUAAACUGCAGAACAACAUAUCAUAUCAGAUGGCAGACAUACAUCAUUUAAAGGAGCAACUUGCUGAGCUUCGUCAGGAGUUUCUUCGACAGGAAGACCAACUGCAAGACUAUAGGAAGAACAACACUUACCUUGUGAAGAGGUUAGAAUAUGAGAGUUUUCAGUGUGGACAACAAAUCAAGGAGUUAAGAGCUCAGCAUGAAGAAAAUAUUAAAAAGUUAACAGACCAAUUUUUGCAGGAACAAAAGCAAGAGGCCCACAAGUCUGAAUCAAAAGUUGGAAAUGAAGCGGAUGCGGACAAUCAUGCAGCGCCUAAAAGCAUCCCAGAAGUCGCUGAGAACGGUGCAGGCAAGAGUGAAGCGCCCCCGAGCCAUCGUACCCCACGCGGGAGAGAACAAAUCAAACGAGGUGGUGAUGCAGGCAUGCCUGGAAUAGAAGAGAAUGACCUUGCAAAAGCUGAAGAUGUUCCUGUUGCUUUAAAGAAACCCCCUAUUUCCUUUUCUCAAUAUGAAAGUCAUCAAGUAAUCUCCCAUCUUCCAACCGGAAAACCUCUCUCCCCAAAUAUGGUUCCAGAUUCUCAUAUAAACCACAAUGGAAACUCUAGAACUUCAAAACAGAACCCUUCCAAUCCUCUUCAGCGUUUAAUUUCAGGCCCUAACGUGGAGAGUGAACCCAGAAUUCAAGCAGAAGUUCUAAAGCAGGCUACCAAGGAUCGAGCUGGUGAUUUCCAUAAAUUGAAGCAAAGCCGAUUCUUUGAUGAGAAUGAAUCCCCUGUUGAUCCGCAGCAUGGCUCUAAACUGGCGGAUUAUAAUGGGGAUGAUGGUAACGUAGGUGAGUAUGAGGCAGACAAGCAGGCUGAGCUGGCUUACAAUGAGGAAGAAGAUGGUGAUGGUGGAGAGGAAGACGUCCAAGAUGAUGAAGAACGAGAACUUCAGAUGGAUCCUGCAGACUAUGGAAAGCAACAUUUCAAUGAUGCCCUUUAA